CUCCAUCAUACUGUCACCCGGUACGUUAGAGUGUAUUUCAAUCUGCCUCUUCGUUUCCAGGGCUCUCUUGUUACAGUCCUACUAGUUUGAACUUCAACUUUUCCAGGACAUUGCAAAGUGGGGGACAGUUUCAUGAUGUGUAUGCAGGAGGAUGGUUUUCCUGCCGUCGAAGACAUCAAACGAGAUCAAGAGUUCUGGUAUCCCGAUGGCAACAUCAUUGUCAUUACAGACGAUCAAAUAGCGUUCCGUAUCUAUCGAGGAAUGUUGGCGGAGCACUCUGAGGUCUUCCGAGGAAUGUUCACUGUGCCGCAGCCGCAGUCCUCAGAACGAAUGGACGAUUGUCCGAUCGUCCAUGUUUCCGACGCAUCGAAUGACUUUCGGCGCAUUCUGCGGUUCGUAUUUCGUGGUAGAAAUCAUUAUCGGGACACAGACGUGCUAGCUUUCUCGGAAGUUGCAGCGCUCAUUCGCAUAGGACACAAGUAUGAGGUCGAAGGGCUUGUUUCUAUGGGGCGGAAGCGGCUACGUGACGUUUGGCCCGACUCUUUCGAAGCGUGGAUGGCACGGCCAGCAGUCAAGCAGGAGGAUCGCGCGGAUUGCGUAGUGGCAGUCAAGUUGGCGCGCCUCAUUGGGCUCGACGCAAUCCUUCCAGCAGCUCUUUACGACUGUUGCCAGCUCGAAACGCGCACCCUCCUGGAUGGAGUCAGUUAUCCGGACGGUACCGUCGAGCGCCUCGAUAUAGACGAUCUCACGAGGUGUUUCGAUGGCCGCAGGGGCCUCUCCAAGGCCAAAGCGGCUACCUUGAAUGCGGUCUUCACAAUACCGGCAGAUAGGUUAUUUAAGUUCGGGCUCCUUGAAAAGCCGGAGGAACGAUGCCUUGAUACUACACGGUGCAAGAAUGUGCUUCAGGAGCUGCGGAACAGCACCGACUUGCAGGCUUGGCAUAUCCGCGAGAGUGCCUUGAUGUCCUGGCCAUCCGCCAUCAAGCUGGACAUGUCUCUCACCGAGGUCUCCUCAUCCCACAGCACCUAUCUACAGUUGUGUGCCCACUGCAAGCGAAAGGUGGAGACGAAUGAUAAGAGGGAGCGUACAGAGAUAUGGGCGAAGCUCCCGUCAAUCUUUGAUCUAAUUGUUGAGGGUCGGAACACCAAUCAGUCGAGGGUUGUGCGCAAGUUCUACGGCUGAGGGUACGUCGUUGUGGCUCGUUGUGACCGGCCUCUUCUACUACGUCAGCUCCUCAUUCUUGACCCCUUCCUUCGUAGUGUAUUGCUCAGUUAGACACGUUCUUACGUUCAAAGUUCAAUGGAGAUGAAUAUAGCAGAUAUAGUUCAAUGCUUAUCUUCAUCGCCGACAUUGGAGAACGUUAUGCUCACCGGCCGUCUUAACCCUGAUUCUCUUUCAGUCGAGCUGACUGAUUGUUGCUAUUGUCAUGUACUAUGUAACAGAUGGAUCUGUCUGCAGAUCAUUGCCGC